UAUUGUAUUAAUAACAUAAUCAAUAAACAACUAUAUAAAUUGGAGGUUGUUAAUUUUUGGAGGGUAAGUGAGCAAUGAUUGCUAUUAUUUACACCGCUGUUCAUGCAGUAUUACUACUACUACUAUUAUUACCACAACUAUUACAACUACUGUUCAUACACAAAGAAUUUGUCUUCCUGUAACUGCUUGAAUUCAUAAUAAAGAUAAAAUAACCCAGUAUUAAAAGAACAUCUGUAAAUUUGAAACUGCAUAUUUUUAGGCGCGGGCGCCAGCGGCGGCAGUGGCCUCAGUGGCGACAGUGGCCCCAGCAGCGCCAGCAAUUCCUCUUGGUUGCCGCUUCCAGGGCCACCAGAGUUUAUGACACAGAGUCUUUUAUUUCGGCUGAUGGUUAAACUUGAAAUUGAUUACGUCUUGAGUCCUGAGGAAAGAAAUAUAGUAUUCUCUUUGAACUCUGAUAUCAGAAGUAUGGUGUUCCAUCUGAAUCAUGUAGUCCACCUGAAAGGUCCAGAAGCAAGUAAGAAGAUGCUGUAUUACUUGAGGUGUUUCGAGCCUCGACUUUUCGGGCACUGCCUUGUUGAGCAAUACAAAGACAUGCUGGUUGACCUGGUGAGAGAUGUUGACGCUCUAAUAAAGGUUCUCAAUAUGAGGUGGGGAGUUGCUGUAAGUGAUGAGAUCAAAGCCAUCCACAGCCCUCAGGAGAAGAUGUCAAAGGUCAUUGAUAAUCUGAAAUCUGUGGAACAAAAACGGAUCUUCUACAGCGUCCUUGAGGAACGGGAGCCACAAGCACUUGACACAGUAUUCAGGAAAAUGGAAACUGAUCCAUCAUCCAAACACUUUGAAAUGUUCACAGCGGAUUGGCUUACUGGAAUUGUAACAGUUGCCGAGGAUCAAUGGUCUAUACUUGAGCCGGAAAUGAGCCAUGUUGGUGGCUGUACGUGGUACAGCUUCUGCUGCGUACCAGGUAAAUUUGAGUGCCGUGUCUCGGGUCUGCGCUGGAUUUGUAAGGAUUCGCCUUUGAGUUUUCAGUACCGCUUUGGCCAAUGGUGUGAUCACAAGGACACAACGGAGGCCCUCCAGUACAUGGCUGCAGGCCCCCUACUGGACAUCACAGUUAAUGAUGGGCAGUUUGAUGAGGUCUAUCUGCCACACUGUAUCUGCACAACUGUUGAUCCUACAAUAUUGGAGAAGUUUGCAGUUCUGCAUUCACAUAUUGAUGGAGUUAGUGUGGAAAACGUGUCCGACGUCACGCCAUCCCAUGUCAAGCUACCGCAUACAGAUUUCUCUGAAAACGGACCACUUCUCCGGUUUUGGCGCUGGGCUGGCUUCCCGGUGUUUUUGGAGUGCAAAGUGUUGAUAUACAGGACCAAGAAAACAUUCCUCACACUGCAUGUUUAUCUGAUACCGAGCGACUCUGCUCUGGAAGCGGAACUACAAAAGAAGGCAGAAAAGCAAGGUUAUGAAAGGAUUGAGAAGCCUUACCCCCAAGGGACCUUGGAACUGGAUGCCCAAUUCAACCUCAAAACCCAUGGUGACGAUUCAGCAAUAACCCCGAAGGAUUUUAGGUUCAAAUAUGAAACUCGGGAUCCGAAUUUCUUUGAGGUGUUCAUUGAACGACCAGGGCCUUCAUUCACUCUCACACUUGAAAAUGCAACUAGAAUAGUGUGGAGCUGUAUAAUUCGACAAUUUGACUACACAUGUUCCACAGCCUCUGUGCCUGAAUUGAAGACAUAUGAUGAGGAGCUUCGACGAGUGAGCACUGAUUUUGCGGAGCGGGUCAGUGCAGAAGUUACGAAUCAAUUGUUGAGUGACCUUUUGGGCGCAAGCCUGAAUGAGGGUGAGAGAGAUGCAAUAAUUCAGGGGCACGUGAUUCAAACACACAGAGCACGUGCACUGAUCGAUACGGUAAGGAAGAAAGGACCCGAAGCUUCUAGGAUCAUGAUCUUCCACCUGGAGCGCAGAGACAGCACACUUCACGGCCACCUGGGGCUGCCCCGUAUCCCAACCCCCCAAGCAGCUAAAAUACCUCAAGCUCUGAAGCAAGAAACUAGUCUUAAUUGAAUCGAAUACACCAGCAAUUUUGCCCUAGUCCGAAAUUUCAAAGACGUUUUUUUUUUUUUACUACUGACCAAAAAGUUCUUUGUAUUUGAAAACAUCCCUGUCACAUGGGCUGCCUUCCACCAUAUUUGUAGCACCGAAGCUAAGCGUAUGCAUUCGUCAUCAUGUGUGUGGUAGUGUGAAGCAUCUGAAAAUGUUUUUUUACAGUUUAUCAAUGAAAUGAGAGCGCACAUGGCAUCAACAACAAACAGACAAUUGAGAUGCAAAUGCGAAUCCAGAAUUCUAGGGAUGGUCCAAAUUCAGAAGAUUCAACCUGAAUAUUUUGAAGUUACCUUUGCUUUUAAAUUGCCAAAGUACUCAUUUAGGCCUUUUCACUCUACACAUGGACCUCUUGGUGUUAAUCGCAAGGCAGCGUGCAGCGAUCAGGUGCAAACCUGCCAAUUUUCGGAAGUGGUGAUUUAGCGACCUAUCAGAGAUUAGCAGAUGUAUGUAUAAAAGUGGGAAAUUAUCAACUACCUUUAUGCACUUAAGCAGUGUUUUUUCAUCUUUUUCGAGCCAUGGCACAUUUCUUUGAUUGAAAAAAUCCCACAGCAGACCACUUGCCAAAAAUGUGAAAAAAGCUUAUUUUAACAAUUCAAGUGUUAUAUUGUUAUUCUAAGCGUUUUUUAACAUUGAAGAAUAGUGUAAAAUUACAACACCUUGGAUAGGAAUCAAAUAUUUUAUACUCUUUCAUAUUUAUUCUUACUCAGUGUGAUAAAUAGUUUGGAUGAACUCAAAUCUGAUAUCCUGGCAGCAAUUGGUGAAAGACGCACACUGCUCUUCCUCCACAGCUCUCAGUCGUUCUCUGUUAUUAGUUUUUACAGCAGCAAGGCUAUUUCUUUAGCUGCUUUGGGUCCGAACGUCUCAUUUACAUUGCCACUGGGACUUUUUUUUUUUUUUUUUUUUUUUAAAUGUAGCCACAAAUUCAGCGACAUGGUAACUUGCUUUCAGGGCUCAUGCACGAGCUUGUUUCCCACAGCACACCUAACAAUAUGUCACAGUGUUUGAAAACCACUGCACUAAAGUACAUGAAUCGUAUCUUAAUGGCAUGACAGUACUUUUUAUACAGUGUAUGUACAAUAUACAGGUAAUUUCAUCAUAUGUAUUUUAUAAUAAAGUCUUCUGGCUCAUGGCCUGUGUUUUGCCUCAUUUUACAAAUGUA